AAAAGAUCCACAGCCCAUGGCAUUUCGCCUGCUGAGUGGAGAACCCGUAGCCUGUGAGGCCGAGAUUGGGAACUAUGGCACGCAGGUGGCCGUAGGGGUGGCUCGCGCCGUCCUGGCACGACAUUUGUGCUUGGAAUUGGAACGCGUGCGGCUUGUUUCAUGGGGUGCCCUACUGGAGGACGGAGAUUCCUUCGUGUUGGAAGACAGCUGUGUCACAGUGCAGGUGAUGCCGGACCCCUUGGAGGCGCUCUUCGCCAAGGCCUUGGGCUUGGAACACUUCGCCGACGCCGCGCAGGAGCCGUGCAUCCAACUCCGAAGCGCGCAGCUGGAGGAGCUGCCUGCGGGCCUUGGAAAGUUGACCGACCUGGAAGAACUGCACUUGAGUUCCAACAAGCUGCGGGAGCUACCAGAGACUCUGGGCCAGUUGCAGAAGCUGAAAGAUUUGCGUGCCGAUGCCAACCUGCUCAUCAAGCUGCCCGAGAGCAUCGGUCAAGCUUUGUCUCUCCAAGAACUACACCUGAGUUCCAAUGAGCUGACUGCGCUGCCUGCGAGCCUUGGGCAAUUGAGACACCUGGAAACGUUGAACCUUUCCUACAACGAGAUCUCUCGGUUGCCAAAGGAACUAGGCCAGCUGCAGAACCUGAGAAAGCUCCACUUGGGUUCCAAUCGUUUGGAGGCGCUUCCCGACAGCAUCGGCCAGCUGUCCCUCCUGCAGGAACUGUACCUGGCCAAUAACGAGCUCAGCAGCAUUCCGGACAGCUGUUGUGAGUUGCAUCACCUGCAUAUGGUUCAGUUGGGCGGCAACCCUUUGACCGAGCUGCCCGCAGCUCUGGGGCAGUUGCAGGCCUUACAAGAGCUACAUGUGGGCAGUGCCAAACUGGAAACUCUUCCGGAGAGCAUAGGAGAUCUGCACGGCAUCUGCCAGCUCUUUCUGGCCAGCAACAAGCUGACGGCGCUGCCUUCGCGCUUCGGCGCGCUGGCCACGGUGCAGAAGUUAUCGCUGCGAUCCAACGCCAUCCUGAAGCUGGAAGACAGCUUCUGCAGCCUCAGCCAGCUGAAGAAAUUGUUUUUGGACUCCAACGAACUCCAAGAACUCCCAAUGAACUUCGGCGACCUCGUGGCCUUAGAGGAGCUUAAUCUCAACGACAACUACUUACACGAGAUCCCUGAAAGCUUUGGAAGAUUAACCAGCUUACUGGAGCUUCGUUUGGCCGGCAAUGACUUGACAGAGCUGCCUGAGAGCAUCGGCCAACUGCUGGCGCUGAAGGAACUCUUCCUGAGCUUCAACCCUCUGGAGACUUUGCCGGAGAGCAUGUCGGCCCUUGAAGCAUUAGAGGAGUUGCAUUUGCAGACGACCAAACUGUCGGAGCUCCCCACCUGCGUUCAGCGACUGAAAGAAAACACAGGCAUCUUGGUGGUCUGGUCUGAAUGAUGAAAAACAAA